AAGGGUGAAGCACGAUAACGACGAAAAGAAGUUCCGAACUUCCGAUAGAAAGGAAAGUAGUAAAUCAUAAAUAGAGAUGUUUCUGUAAUUUCAGCAACAUUUAAACCCAAAACUUAAACCUUAUUUUUUCGCAACCUAUAAACAAAUUUGAUUUUUGAUCCCGUCCCGAUAUCAAAUCUCCCACGGAAAAUACUCCCUCCCACUCGAAAGUCUUGCAACCGGAAAACAACCGAAACAGCAGACACUGCGGAUCAGUCUCCAUAAGGUUCACGUCCAAAGUCGAAACUCUCCAGGUAAUGGUACGCUAACAAAACCCUAGGAAUUCUUUCUGUUCUUUGUAGUUAAGGUUCUGUGUAUGCGCGCCUUUAGGUUUCUCUCUAUGGUGUCUGUUUUUAAUGGGGAAAGGAAGACCUAGGGCAGUUGAAAAAGGGGUUCCAGGUCACAGUUCUGCUGUAUCUUCAUCCGGGGCAUUGAAUAUACCACAGGCUCCUGUCUUUUAUCCAACAGAAGAAGAAUUUAAGGACCCUUUAGAGUUUAUAUAUAAGAUCAGGCCGGAAGCAGAGCCAUAUGGGAUCUGCCGAAUUGUUCCACCCAAGAGUUGGAAACCCCCAUUUGCAUUAGACUUAGAAUCAUUCACCUUUCCUACAAAAACACAAGCAAUUCAUCAGUUGCAGGCGCGUGUGGCUGCCUGUGAUCCUAAGACAUUUGAAUUGGAGUACAACCGGUUUUUGGAAUAUCACAGUGGGAAGAGACAAAAGAAGAGGGUGGUUUUUGAAGGGGAAGAAUUGGAUUUGUGUAAACUUUUCAAUGCUGUUAAACGCUAUGGAGGUUAUGAUAAGGUUGUAAAGGAGAAGAAAUGGGCAGAGGUUUUUAGGUUCGUGAGAUCAGUAGGGAAGAUUUCAGAGUGCUCGAAACAUGUUUUGUGCCAGUUGUAUCGGGAGCAUUUGUAUGAUUACGAGGUUUAUCACAGUCAGUCAAAUCAUGACAAAUCUGUGAAAAGAUAUAAGAAAGGAAUAUGUGGGAAUGGGAAGAGCAUACAGGGCUCUGUUGUUUCUAGUUCUAAAAAGAGACGGAGAAAUUCUGGUGGGGAGAGAACAAAGGUAGGUACACUAGAGAAGCAAGAUGAUUUGGAUCAGAUAUGCGAACAAUGCAGAAGUGGACUACAUGGAGAAGUAAUGCUAUUGUGUGAUAGGUGUAACAAGGGUUGGCAUAUUUAUUGUCUUUCACCACCAUUGAAGAAGGUGCCUCCUGGUAACUGGUAUUGCUUGGAAUGUGUAAAUUCCGAUAAAGAUAGUUUUGGUUUCGUUCCUGGAAAGCAUUUCUCAUUGGAUGCUUUUAGGCGUUUGGCUGACCGGGCCAAAAGGAAAUGGUUUGGGUCAGCAUGUGUCUCACGUUUGCAAAUUGAGAAAAGGUUUUGGGAAAUUGUGGAGGGGUCAGUGGGUGAAGUCGAAGUGUUGUAUGGCAGUGACUUGGAUACAUCCAUAUAUGGAAGUGGCUUUCCUCGUGUAAAUGAUCCAAGGCCAACUUCAGUUGAGGUCGAGGUAUGGAAUGAGUAUUGUGCUAGUCCAUGGAAUCUCAACAACUUGCCCAAACUGCAAGGGUCGGUGCUUCGUGCAGUCCACCAUAAUAUUGCUGGUGUCAUGGUGCCCUGGCUGUAUAUUGGGAUGCUCUUUUCAUCCUUCUGUUGGCAUUUUGAAGACCAUUGUUUUUAUUCAAUGAAUUACCUACACUGGGGAGAGCCAAAAUGUUGGUACAGCGUUCCUGGUAGUGAAGCCCAUUCUUUUGAGCAGGUGAUGAAAAACUGUCUUCCAGAUCUAUUUGAUGCACAGCCUGAUUUGCUAUUUCAGCUUGUGACCAUGCUGAACCCAUCUGUUUUGCAAGAAAAUGGAGUUCCAGUUUAUAGUGUACUUCAGGAGCCUGGAAACUUUGUUAUAACCUUUCCUAGGUCUUACCAUGGUGGUUUUAAUUUUGGCUUAAAUUGUGCUGAAGCUGUUAAUUUUGCCCCUGCUGACUGGUUGCCUCAUGGUGGCUUCGGAGCAGAACUGUAUAGGUCGUAUCACAAAGCUGCUGUUUUAUCUCAUGAGGAGCUUCUUUAUGUUGUAGCCAAGGGUGAUUGUGGCAGUAAAGUAUCACCUUUUUUAAAGAAAGAAUUGCUCAGGGUAUUUUCAAAAGAAAAAACUUGGAGAGAGCGACUCUGGAGAGAUGGCAUCAUUUGUACGUCCCCAAUGACUCCACGAAGACAUCCAGAAUAUGUGGGUACUGAGGAGGAUCCUUCAUGCAUUAUUUGUCAGCAGUAUUUGUUCCUUUCAGCUGUUGUCUGCAGCUGCAGACCGUCUGCUUUUGUGUGUCUGGAGCACUGGGAACACCUAUGUGAAUGUAGUCCCAGCAAACAUCGUCUUCUUUAUCGCCAUACACUUGCUGAGUUGAAUGACUUGGUGCUUAUGCUGGAUAAAUGCAAUUUGGAGGAGUCACCCCAAAACAGAACAAUCCGGAAACACCUUCCAUCUUCUAAUGAAUCUAAUUCUGUGAUGAAGAAGAUAAGAGGUGGCCAUGCUACUCAUGUGCAACUUGCAGAACAAUGGGUAUUGAACUCCCAUAAGAUCCUACAGGCCCCAUUUUCCUCUGCUGCUUAUGUUAAUGCACUAAAGGAUGCUGAACAAUUUCUUUGGGGGGGUUCUGAAAUGGACCAGGUUCGGAACAUGGCAAAGAAUUUGAUUGAAGCUCGGAAGUGGGCAGAAGAAGUAAUAAAUUGCCUUUCUAAAGUUGAGACCUGUUUACAUCAUUGCAAGAAUGAUAUAGGGAAGGUGUCCUUGGGAUUUGUCGAGAAUUUGCUGAAUUAUGAUCCAUUGCCUUGUAAUGAGCCUGGAUAUUUUAAAUUGAAGGCCUAUGCAGAAGAUGCAAGAAUAUUGGUUGGAGAAAUAGAAUCUGCUCUUUCAAUAAGUUCACAUGUCUCGAUUGCUCAUUUGGGGAAGUUAUACAGUAGAGCUAGUGAAUUGCCAGUCUAUGUAGAAGAAAGUACAAAGUUAGCAGGAGAGAUCUCUUCAGCUAAGGUUUGGAGUGAAAGUGUAAGGCAAUGCAUCACAGAGAAAAGGUCUGCUGCAGUUGACAUUGAUGUCCUUUACAAGUUAAAGUCAGAGAUGUUGGAGCUUCGUGUUGAAUUGCCAGAAACAGAAUUGCUCCUGGAUCUAUUGAGGAACAUGGAAUCUUGGCAAAUUCGUUGCAGUGAGAUCUUGAAGGGUCCUAUCAGCUUGAAGGAACUUGAAGUCCUUUUGCAAGAACUUAAUCACUUCAGCAUCUGUGUUCCAGAGUUGAAGCUUCUAAGACAAUAUCACAAUGAUGCUGUGACCUGGAUUUCUCAUUUUCACGAUUUUAUAGUGAACGCCCGGGGUAGGGAGGACCAGAAGUGUGUCGUUCAAGAGCUAACUUGCAUUUUGGAGGCUGGAAAGUUAUUGAGGGUGCAAGUAGAUGAAUUGCCCUUUGUUGAGGAAGAACUAAAGAAGGCGUGCUGCAGAGAAAAAGCUCUACAGGCAUGUGCCACUAAAAUGCCUUUGGACUUCAUUGAGGAAGUAAUUGCGGAGGCUGUUAUGCUGCAGAUUGACAAUGAGAACAUAUUUGUUGAUGUAUCCAGAGUGCUUGCAGCAGCUAGUUCUUGGGAAGAAAGGUCUAAACAUAUUCUUGGGAGCAAGGCCCAGAUGUCUGAGUUCGAGGAUGCCAUAAGGAUAUCAGGGACUAUAUUUGCAAUUCUUCCUUCUCUAAAUGAUAUUGAGCAUGCAUUAUCAAUGGCCAAGUCCUGGAUAUCGAAUUCUCAGCCAUUUCUCUUGUCAAGCCUUUCUGCUGGACAGGCUUCAAGUUCUUCUCUGAAAGUUGAUGCUUUGAAGGAUUUGGUUGCUCAGUCAAAAUUCUUGAAGGUAGAUUUGCAAGAACCAGCAAUGCUUCUGAACCUUUUGAACGAUUGUGAGGCAUGGCAGAAUGAUGCUUGUACUCUCCUAGAAUGUACUACAGCUUUAUAUAGCACACAGAAUAUUGACAUUGGAGUUGUCAAUGAUCUCACUGUCAAAAUUGAAAAGCUGCUUACUGGAAUUAAAUCUGCAACGACAGCUGGCUUGUCCUUAGGCUUUGACUUUUAUGAGAUUCCAAAACUUCAAAAUACUUCUUGCAUAUUGCAAUGGUGCUUGAAGGCUUUCUCUUUCUGUUCAGGUGCCCCUUUGCUUGAGGAUGUUGAGAGGUUGAUGAAGGACUCAGAAAACCUUUGUGCAACAUUUGCCUCUAGCUGUCUUGGGAGUGUAUUGAUAAAAGGUGCUAGAUGGCUUUGGGAAGCAUUGUCUGUUUUUCCUCACUCUUCUACUCAGAGAAGAUGUAAAUUGAGUGAUGUUGAAGAAGUUCUGGAAGAAACUCAGAGGAUUGAAGUCCCUUUUCCUAUCGUGGCUGCUCGACUAGUAAAUGCCAUUGAGAAGCACAAGUCCUGGCAGGAGCAGGUGCAUGCAUUUUUCAACUCUAAAUUUGGGGAACAGUCUUGGUCUGUAUUAGUACAACUCAAGGAACUUGGGGAGUCCAAUGCCUUUAGUUGUCCAGAACUAGAUCUGGUGGCAUCUGAAAUCAACAAAGUUGAAAAUUGGUUUCUUCGUUGCAAGAACAUCAUUGGACCUUUAGUUUAUGGUGUAAAUCCAUUGCUAAAUGCUCUUAUUAAGAUCAAGCAUACACUGGAUGGAUCUCUGUACAUUUAUGGAAAUUCAAAGAAUUGUGAAGAGAAAGCUUUUUGUGCAUGCUGCUGCAGUGAUGUAAAAGAAGAAUCAAUUGCUUGUGUAACAUGCAAAGACUGUUACCACCCAUCAUGCCUGAUAUCAACAGAUUCUAACACAAGUGCUGCAAAAGAAGCCAUAUGCCCCUUUUGCCUUUUCAUGGAGAGUGGCACUGUUCCUAGAAAUGGAGACAUACCUUUGAUAUCUAAAGGAAAACGUCCUGAACUGAAUAUGUUAAUUGAACUUUCAAAUGCUGCCAAGGAUCUUCACUUAAGGAUUGAUGAAAAAGAUAUGAUACAACAACUUGUGGAGAAAGCUCUUGCAUGCAAAGCAUGCUUAUCAGAAAUAGUUGAUUCUGCGCUUGCUCAUUCUGAUAAAGAUCUCAGAUCCAUCACUGAAAAACUGUUGAUUGCUUUGAAGGCAGUGUCAAUGGCUGGCAUCUAUGACAAACAUGGUAGCUGCAAUCUCGAGUUGGCAAUAGAAAGAAACAAAUGGAAAAUUAGAGUCAAGAAACUGUUAGAGAAUUCACAAAAGCCCCUGAUCCAGCAGAUUCAUCGACUGUGGAAAGAGGGAUUGGCUAUAAGCAUACCAUCUGAGGAUCAAUUCAUGAAAAAACUUGUAGAAGUAAAGAGCAUAGGCAUGAUAUGGGCAGAUCGUGCCAAGAAGGUUGCAAUGGAUUCUGGUGCACUUGGAUUGGAUAAAGUAUUUAAACUUAUUACAGAGGGUGAAAAUUUACCAGUCUACUUUGAAAAGGAGCUUAAGUUAUUAAGAGCCCGAAGUGCACUUCACUGUAUCUGUCGGAAACCAUAUGACCAGAGAGCCAUGAUUGCUUGCAAUAGGUGUGACGAGUGGUACCACUUUGAUUGUGUUAAUCUCCAUCCACCACCACCAAAGACUUAUCUCUGCCCUGCAUGUGAACCAUGUUCAGAAGAAGCCAUGCCUUUGUCAGCAGUGACGAAAUAUGAGGAGCGAUUAAACGGGUUCAAUGAUGGGGGACCUCGGACACCCCCUCCACGGCUUGCCAUAUUGAGGAAGAGGAAUCCCAAAAAAGUGAGGUCUAAUCUGCAGCGAAAGAUACUGGUUGCUAGUGAUCUAAGUGACAUUUUAAGGUGUUCUAGUGAGAUUGAUUAUUUGUGGUGGAGAAACCGGAAGCCUCUGAGAAGAACAGCGAGAAAACGUGCCAGGCUUGAUAGCCUUUCCUCAUUUUUGCAUAUCUAACAUUAAAUAGAAAACACAAAUUAUAAUUUCAUUCAAUUUAUUCAUUUUUUUCUUAUCUUUUCACCUCAAUUAUCUGUUGCCAGCCCAAUAUGCAAUGAUGAGUAAAAUAGUAAAAUUUUCACCA